AUGUGUCCUUUACAACUACAUCUACUUUAUCAUCGACGUAUAGUAAAUCCAUUGUCAAUAAAAACAAAACAAUAUUUACGUGAUCAAUUAAUUCACUUGACCGAACAAUUUUCUUCAUUAACAUUACCUAGUACAGAUCGAAUUAUGCGUGAAAUUUAUAUGCAAUCACUAAAUACAUUUAUUAUUGAAAAACGUAAUUUAACUGAACUUGUUCUUGAAAUGGCAAAUUAUACAAAUCGUGCUAUUAUGAAAAAAUUAGAAGCUAUUAGAAAUUUAGUUAAUAUAAGUGAACAAUCAUAUAGAAGAUUUGCUGAAACAGAUGAAACAAUUCGAAAUGCUACGGCUAAAUUUAUGACGAAAUAUGGAUAUUUCAGUUCAAAACAUGUUAUUAAUGUUACAAUAAAUAGUACAAAUGAAAAUUCAUCAUCAAUCGCAACAGCAACAUCACCAACAAUAUCAUCAUCAUCAUCAUCGUCUACAACAUUGGAAAGCAGUUCAUUGCCAAUGAUAACGUUAGAUGAAUUGUCACCAGAAACUCGACUUUCAACGAGUACGAAUACAAAUGAAGACUCAUCUACUGAUUCAAUUCAACUAGCAAGUGAAUCGGAAAGUGAAUACAAAGCAUUAGAAAAAGAAUUAUUUAUUCAACAAAAGAAACAUUUCGGCGGUGCUUUUGUUAAUAUAACACAUAGUACAGUGCAUGUUCCAACAAUUAUUUAUUCCUUAAGUCGAGAAAUUCUAUUAACAGCGAAUUGGUCUUAUAAUCUAAAUCAAGCAUUCAUUGAUAAUUAUAAUCAUGAUCCGGAAUUAACAUGGCAAUAUUUCUGCAGUCAAACAGGUCUUUAUCGUGUUUGGCCAGGACACAUAUGGGAAUACCCUGAAGACGACACAGAUAGAUUAGAUUUAUUUGAUUGUCGCGUACAAAAUUGGUAUAUUCGAGCAACGUCAUCCCCGCGUGAUGUAAUUAUUUUAAUUGAUGCAAGUGGUUCAAUGACUGGACUAAAAAGAUCGAUUGCUAUACAAACAGUUGAAACUAUCCUUGAUACUCUCUCCGAUGAUGAUUUUGUGCAAAUAAUAAAAUUUCAAGAAAAUGCAACAUUUAUUGAUGAUUGUUUUCAAGGCGGACUUGUUCAAGCAACAUUUGAGAAUCGACAUAAAUUUCGUGCAUCAGUUAAUAAUGGUAUUGAAACAAGAGAAAUAGCAAAUUUUUCUAAAGCACUUAACAUGGCAUUUGAUAUAUUAGAUAAUGCACGUAUGAAUAUAUCACGAACAGAAAAUGCAAGAUUAUUAUGCCAAUGUCAUUAUUUAUCAAGCGAUAAUCAAACUGAAGCACAACGUGAAGCAUUUUGUCCAUCAGAUUUUAAUGCACAUGUUUAUGAUGAAGAUGAACAACCAUUUUUAGAUAGUACAGGAUGCAAUAAAAUGAUAAUGAUUGUUACUGAUGGUGCUACAGAAACAGCUUUAAAUGUUUUUCAAAGUCGAAAUUGGUAUCCAAAUAAUAUAUCAACAUGUCAUCCAAUUGAAACACGAGUAUUUACAUAUAUGAUUGGAAGAGAAUUAGGAGAUCCGAAACAUAUUCGAUGGAUGUCUUGUGCUAAUAAAGGUUAUUUUGCUCACGUAUCAACUUUAGAAGAUAUUCAAGAAAAUGUUGAAGAUUAUAUUCCAGUAACAGCACGUCCAAUAGCUAUGUAUAAUGAUCAUGUAACUGUUUGGAGUAGUGUUUUUCUUGAUGUUGAAAGAACAUUACCAAUAAAAACAUAUAAAUGGUUUCCAUUUAAAUUUACCGAUUUAUCAAUAUCAAUGGAUGAAUUUAAAAAUAAAUCGAAAGCACAUGAUGAAACAAUUCUAUUAGGAGCUGUUGGUGUUGAUAUUCCAGUUAAACUUUUACAAGAAUUUUCACCUAAAUAUCGACUUGGUGUUCAUGCUUAUGCAUUUAUGAUUAAUCAUAAUGGUUAUCUCAUGUUUCAUCCUGAUUUACGACCUGUGUUGGGUCCAUAUCGUAAACAAAAUUAUCAUUCAAUUGAUUUAGAUAUGGUAGAAAUUCCAGAUAAACUUAUGAAAUUUGUACAUCCUUUACCAGCAAGUAAAAUUCAAAAAAUACGAAAAGAUAUGGUUUUAUCAAUUGCAAAUAGACGUUCGGCAAGAGUUAAAAAACAUCUAGAUGAUAUGAGACGAAUAGAAGAAGUUGAACAAAAAUAUUAUUAUGCAACAUUAGGAGACAAAGAAUCAAAUCCAUUUAGUUUGGGUAUUGCUGUACGUUUUCCCUAUGGUGAAUUUCAUGUUCGAACAAUUGAACCUGAAGCAGAAAAAGUUAAAACAGCUCUUCGUUUUAUUCUUCAACGAAAUGUUCGUAUUGCUGAUUGGAUUUAUUGUAAUUCUACAGCUGAAGAUGAUAUUGGUGAUACAGAAGAAUCAUUUCGUGGUUAUUUAAAAGAAAAAAUUGAAACUAAACACAUUGGUUCAUGUCCAUAUAGAGCAAGUCGACAAUUAAUAUAUAUGAUGAUUGAAGAAUUAUAUAUAAUGAGUAAAUUCGAAAAUUGGACAAAAACUGGUAUAGCUGAUCAUGAACAUCAAAAACCAUUAGAUCAAUCUGCUUAUUUCGAUUUUAAAGAAUAUCAACGUGAAAAUCAUUUACAUUGGAUAUUUUUAGGAACACGUUCAGGUAUAACAGCCUAUUGGAGAUUAUAUGAUUUAGCUAAUGAAGAACAUAUACGACAAUUUGGUGAUGCAAAUCCAAAUUCAAUUGAAUCAAGUUAUUAUGAACGAACAAUAAAUGCAACUUAUACAUAUGGUGCUGAUCAUAUACAUGGUGAUUAUCAUGUUUAUUCACUUUUUUAUGGAAUAUCAAAUAUACCAGCAACAAAUUCACAAGGACAUAUGGGAUCAUCAACACCAAUGACAACAUCAGAAAGAUAUUUAGUUGUAACAACAGCUAUAUGGAUGAAUAAAACAUACAAUCGAUCAAAAACUGCACAAAAUGUUCCAUUUGGAGUUUUUGGAGUUAUGUUAUCAUAUAAAGCAGCUCAAAUGGAGACGGGUAUAUGUUAUAUUAUUGAUGAAAAUGGAUAUAUUAUGUUUAUUAAUCAACAAGAAGGAAAAGAUCGAACAGAUGAUAUUGGCAGAUUUUUGGGUGAAUUCGAAGGAGCAAUUAUGCAAGAUCUUGUAGCGAAAAAAAUUUUUUCAGAAGUAAAAAUGGUCGAUUUUCAAGGUGUUUGCUUACAACGUCAAAUACGAUCAGAAAAAAGUUCUGGUCAUCAUUUUCGUGGUAUUCUUCAAACAAUUUCAAUUAUGCUUUGGAAUAUUAUCAAUCAUUUAGCAAUGAUACUUAUUCGUAACAUAAUAUAUUUUCCUCAAUGGUCUUAUGCAACGAUAAAAACUAAUACCGUUAAUCAAAGUUUAACUAGCGAUAAAACUUUAAGAAAAACUCACUCACGAGAAAGUCUUAGUAAUAUACUCUUAACACAUAUUGAUUUUCGUCAUCCAAUAUUACAUCAUAAAAUAUUAAAUUCAACAAAAGAUGAUGAAACUAUUGAUAAAGUUCCUGAAGCAUGUAUUGAAGAAUUUAAUUUAUAUGUAUCAACAUGGAAAGGAUGGCGAGGACCAUUACCAUCAAAAGAUAAUAAAAUAACAUGGGAGCAAGUUGAGCGUGAUAAUACAAUAUAUGGUACAGUUAAUUGUACUCCUUCCGUUAAAGAAUACAUAGACAAUUUUGAUGAUUUAUAUGAGAAUGAAACUAAUGAUAUGAAUAGUUCAACAGUAGUACCACCAUUAUAUGUUCCUGAAUCAUACAGUUAUUCAAUAUCGAAAAUUCCAAAGAGUAAUUUAAUGUUGAUAUAUGCAAAUCAUUCCAAAGAAGCAUCUCUAAUGUGUGAACAAUUAAUAAUAAAACGUAAACCAGUUGAAUUUACAAAUGAAGAAUGGUGUACACGUUUAAAAACAACACCAUAUCGUGAACGACCACAUAAAUGUUUUUUUGUACAUGAAGGAGAAAAAAAACCUUUAUUUUCGAAAUGUUCUGAUGCUAAUCGAUUAAAUCAACAAUAUUUAUUUGUUAUAUUACCUGUAAUUAUUAUUGAACUAUUUUUUUAUUGUACGAAAAAAACUUGA